AUGGACGUCGCACCUAUCAAGACAGCCUGUGACUCAAAGCCUCCACAUUUUAUAGAGCUAGACAAAUUAGGAAAAGAUAGAGAGAAAAGUGAAUGGUAUGAUGAGGACAAAGAGCACAAGAGUAAAGACAGCGAGGACUGUCUGCAAUCUCAAAUACAACGUGAAGCAAUUGAUCAAGAUGCUAAGCAAAUAGAGACACAAUUGCAACUUAACUUGAAACAACAGCAAGCACAUUACGCCCAUCAACGCAGAAUAUUUGAAAAUUUGCGAAAACAGUCAUACUUAUCAUCAAACGGUAUUAUUCCUACCAAUUCAUCCACCCAAUAUCAAUCUAGUUCCUCUCGGAAAUCAAGUUAUGCAGCUAUACCAAAUAUUAACUUUCAGCACGAAAGUUUACCACCAGACUCGCAGGCAUGCCCGAAAGCGUAUGAAAAUCAUUCAUUAUCUGAAGACGAAUGGAGUUUAAACGAAGUUGACACAAUUGCUAAGAAAUUGUUUAAUUGUAAUCACGAACAAGCUCACGCUGAAGCUCAAUGCACAUUCGUCUCAAAAGAUGAUCAAAGAUGGUCUCAGAAAGAUCCAACGGCACCUUUAAAGGAGAUGCAUCAUCAAGAGGCAUCCAACAACGCAUUGCAUCGUCAAUCGAAGCUUCUUCAUCGUUUGCAAUUGGAAAAUAAUCGUUUUUAUCACGAAAUGAAGUCUCUACAAGAGCAGAAUGAGUCCUUGAAAGAGAGAUGUGAGAUACGAGAGGACGAAGUGGUACGAUUACGAGAGCAAAUGAAUGAAUUUGAAAGUCAAUUUCAACCUACUUUAGUAGAUGAAAAGACGGUUGCACAGACACGACAAAAAACGAAGGCGAUGCAGAGGACGAUAACUGCAGCUCAGGCUGAGAUUUUUGACUUGCAGGCUGCUCUGCAAGAGGCAGGAGACUCACAGAGUCAAUUAAAAUCCGAUUGUCAAUUGAUGAUUUCGGAUUUAGAGCAGCAAGUAAGGCGAUGGAAACGCACGACGAAACAGCUUCGUCGGCAUGAACUAUGUAGUAAUCAAGAAAUUGAGAAGUACAAAAAGACGGUCUUAUCAUUAGAACGAAAGCUGAUCGACACGGAAAGACAAGUUAAAAAGAAAGAGUGUGAGACCGCUCGAUUUGCUGCGAUAACAGAGAAAAAGACUGCGCACUGUAAAGCUGUUGAGAUGUCCGCUACGGAUUGUGUCAUACGAUUAGAAGACAAGAUUGAGACGUUGCAAGAAGCACAUGAACACGAGUGUAAAAAGCGCAAGGAAAUGGAAACUGCAUGUUGCAACUUGCAACUGCGAAUGGAACACCUGCAAGCAGAAUAUGCGUUGCGGUUGGAAAAACAACGGGAGCUUGAGCAACAAAUUGUCGAUUUUCAAGAGAAUCUAAUGAAGUGUGAGCAAACGAGUCAGGAUCAACUUGAGAAAAUGGCUUUUCAAUUAGAAGAAUGUGAUUCUAGGCGCAACGGUGACGCUGCGACGAUCAAUGGUUUACGUGAGGAGUAUGAAAGUCUUGAAAACCGUUUGAGAGAAUCACAAGUAAAAGCAAAAGAACUGAAAAGUCAUCUGAUGAAUGAAGCUCAUGUUGUAAAGAGGCAUGCUGAGGCGCUUGGUGCGUACAUGAAAAGAGUGCUUGACAGCAAAGACAAUCUUGAUUUGCUGGCGCUGAUAAGUCAAGAGGAUCUGGAUCAAUCAAGUUGUAAAUUACAAAUGGCAGAGCUGCUUUUUGUACAAGAUGCGAUGUCUAUACUGCAAACUGAGACGAUAAAUCUUGUGCGUGAGUUUCAGCGCACGAAACACAUGAGUCGUCAGCAAGGGAACAACCUUUCGCUUGCUAUCGAUCGUGUUUCUGAACUUGAGCAAUUGCAAGCUCAAGAAGCCGUAAUGAUGAAAGAUUUGCGUGAUCAGUGCAAAGUUGCCGAGGAGGCACGAGCAAUUGUCACACAAGAGAAGCUUGACAUUUUAGAGUGGAGUGGAAAAUGCUGCAAGCGAAAGGAAGAGACUGAAUCAGAGUUGACAAUGUGCAAACAACUGUUAAAUGGUUUGCGAAAGACAAUUCACGAUGCUUUGAAGACGGAAAAUUUUCGUAUUGAUUUAGAUGUCGAGCAUGAUGAACUACUUGUGCAGGCAUGUCAUUCUUUUGAAAACGAAAUCGCUGCCCUAGUAGCCAUAAAAGAUCAUUGGAGAGGUAAAUACGAAAAAUGUUUAAACGAUGUAAAAGAUAAGCAAGCACAAAAUCAAAGUCUAAACGAGAUUAUAUCCGAGAAAACGGAAGAAUUUCAGAAAUCAGUGUGUGAAGUUGAACGUGUUUACAGCGAAAAACUACACGUUCAGCAACUUCAAUUUGAAAAGCAAUGUCUAAAGUUGGCAAAUGAUCAUGCUGUGCUAGAAUCAAAAUUUCGAGGAGAGUCUGUCAGAGUUGUCGAAAAAGAAGGAGAUAUUGCAAAGCUGCAGCAAAUGGUCGAUGGUAUGGAGAAUGAUCGCUCUGUGUUUACCUCAAUACUUCAUCUCUUUGUUCUCGUAGUGCAGCCACUAGUUCUCCAAGUGGGUGAUCUACAAGCGCAAAAGCGAUAUCUCUUACGUGAAAAUGCCGAGUAUGCUAAACAACACGAGCAGAUUGAGUGUAUUGGGAAUGUUUUAAGAGAAAUGCUGCCUGCUGUCGUGCAGGAUGACGAAAAAGUUUGCGAACGACCAGGAAGACGAGUAUUUCGACAUGUAGUAAGCACUGUGCUUGCCAUUAAUAGGUUUCGUAUUUUUGCUGAUCAUCGUCAAAGCACGUACGGACUUGCAGCUCCGUUUAUGAAGACUAAAAGAUACACACUUGCAACGGCAGCCCAUUUAAUUGUUAUAAAAGUGUUACCUCCACGGCAAACUUUGUCUGAAUCCGCUAUACGUUUGCUCUUGGAUCGAUUCCAAAAUCUGAAUAUAACGUUAAAAUUGGGAGAAGUGGUUGACGCGAGUCGGGUCAUGUCUGCGAAUUUGCCAGUAUUUCUUGGUAAUCUAAUUUAUAAUGUGAUGAUGGUGAUUGACCCCACGUUAGACAGAUUAUUCGUCGCGUCUGACAACGGAAAGGCUCGCUGCAAAAGGGUUGCUGAUCAAUACAAUGAUUUGUCAACAGUAGCGCUUAUUCGAAAACGAAUACUAGCUCUUGGUCAACGAGUGGCAGAUUUGCUCCAUCAGCGAAACUUGUUGCAGCAAGAGAAUGGUGAACUUCAGUCCCAACUUAAUGAACAGACCAACAGCUUAAAGGAAAUGCAUGUAUUAUCAGAAAGGUGUGAUGACCUUCAACAUGAAAUGGCGGCAUUGCGUAGCCAAACCGACAGCGAGUUACAAAAGGCACAGAAGGAGCACAACGCCAAUGAUCAAGAAAGGCAACUUCAGGAGAGCAAUUUGGUCGCCGCACAAGCUAAAAUUGAAGCGUUGCUGUGUCAGGUAUUUAGACUUCAAGGUCAGAUUGAACAGGUGGAAGCUGAAAAGUCUACGUUGCAGUGUGUACUUGAUCAGUUGCAAAGCAAGUCAAUUGAAGAAGAAAGCAAAGCCAAUUAUUUGUCAUCGCUUUCUCGUCGAUUAGAAGAGGAAGUACGAAGUCUCAAACAGGCGAUCAAAUCGGCGCACGAGCUUUAUCAGAAGGCUAGUUUACAGCUGGAACAGGAGGUUCUGGAAAAAGCUAAACUGCAUACAAUGGUGAACCUUCUUCGUCAAAAGGAAGAAAAUGAAACUCAAAAAUUUCGUGAAGAAAGGUUGCAGAAAUUAGAGAAGACUUUACGAAGCGGUCUAAAAGAGGAGAAAUCUUGUAUUGAGACAAUGGUGCGACAAAAUGAAGAGACAGCUUAUGGUGCAAACUCUACUCUUUCAACAAACAAGCCGACAGAACAAUCAAGUUUUGCGCAAAAUAUUGAUACUGUCGUUUCUAAGAAUGUUGCGCCUUCGUCACGGCAACAUACAUGUGAAAACAGUGUCUCCGAUAAAAAUGGUAAAAAUGACGAUUUAUUUCGGUUGCCUUCAUCACCCUUCAAUCACUCUACUAGCUUUUACUUUUCCAAAGAUUGGCAGCGAUCGAAUGUACCAAGAGCACCAAAAGAUGCCAAUUCUGGAUCAAGCCGCAUAUAUAAAUUCCAGACCGACACUAUUGAUUUGAACAACCUGGUCACAAUGAAUUCAUUGACUAAGUCGAACGAGAGCAAUUCGAAUGAACAGAGUCGAAAAAGAGUUGAGACGGAAAAGGUCAAUGCUACUGUGUACGAUUACAUCAACCGAAUGGACGACAAAUUGAGCAAAGUGUAUGGUAUUCCGCCCUCGACUAAGGUCCGGCGCUCUCAACUUGUCAAAAACCCGAUUUGGGACACUUAA